UGUUUUUACUAAGUAUUUUUGAAAUCAUAAUUUCGAUAUUUAUCAUUUCCAGUUUAAUAGUAAUAUGCCAGAUUAUGGUGAUACGUAUAAAACAAUUUGUAUUGUAAAGUUUGAAUGCCUGAAAAAAUAUUAAGUAAGUGAAAUGUAAAGAUAUGUUAUCCGUUUGUCCCUUAAAAUGUGCAACACUGUACGGUAUACACAUUCCGAGUGACGUUUCCUUCGUGUCAAUUUUUUGCUGAAUAUUUUGGGUUGGUCGUCGUCGUUGGUUAAUUUCUGAUCGUUUAAAAAAUAUAAAAAGAAUGAGGACGAGCUAAUUGGAGGAAAAUUUUUUAGACAAAAUUGAUAUAUUAUAAAAGUGUAUUGAAACAAAGUAUACAAGAAAUACGGAAGCAAAACUGAGCAAGGAGAUGAUAUCAAAUUUUGGAAAUAUUUAGUAGCAAAUUCAAACUGUUAACUAGGUAAAUGUGAUAUUUCCAGUAAUAUACUCCCAUACUAUCAUCGUGUCACCUGCAGUUAGAUGCAGGAAUAAAAGUAAUUUGAUAAAGCAAGCGUUACCACCUAUAACGGGCCAGUGAAUAGAGGCUGUUUCUAUAAAAAUAUAUACACCGAUGAAUACCCUUUCCACCAGUGGAGCCGCAACUACUGCCACACCCUCUUCAGAUGAGGCUGGAGGUGGCGGUGGAGAUGCUGAUGCGAGUUCGCGGCGCCAAGCCACAAGAGUAUUUAAAAAGAGUUCAUCCAAUGGUAAGGUCACAGUGUACCUAGGAAAGCGCGAUUUCGUCGAUCACGUUACCCAUGUGGAUCCAAUCGAUGGUGUAGUUUUCAUUGAUCCGGAGUAUGUUAAAGACCGCAAAGUUUUUGGACAAGUUCUUGCCGCGUUUCGGUAUGGUCGAGAAGAUUUGGACGUACUUGGCCUAACCUUUCGCAAAGAUUUGUAUUUAGCGCACGAACAAAUAUAUCCGCAACAACAAAAUGAGCGUCCAUUAACUAGAUUACAAGAGCGGCUUAUAAAAAAAUUGGGACCAAAUGCAUAUCCUUUUUACUUUGAAGUUCCUCCGUAUUGUCCGGCAUCAGUGUCGCUCCAACCAGCUCCUGGGGACACGGGCAAAUCUUGUGGCGUGGACUAUGAGCUUAAAGCCUUUGUUGGCGAACACAUCGAUGAUAAACCGCAUAAGCGCAACUCUGUCCGAUUGACCAUACGAAAGGUUAUGUACGCACCGUCCAAGGUGGGCGAGCAGCCAUCCAUCGAAGUGAGCAAAGAGUUUUUGUUGAAACCGAAUAAAAUCCACCUAGAAGCCAGUUUGGACAAGGAGUUAUAUCAUCAUGGUGAAAAAAUUUCCGUCAAUGUGCAUAUAGCCAACAAUUCGAAUCGCAACGUAAAGAAGAUUAAAGUUUGUGUGCGUCAAUUCGCCGACAUUUGCCUUUUUUCGACGGCGCAGUAUAAGUCGGUGGUGGCGGAAACUGAAUCGGAGGAUGGUUGUCAGGUGCUGCCCGGUUUUACGCUUUCAAAAGUGUUUGAACUGUGUCCACUGCUUGCCGACAACAAGGACAAGUGGGGACUCGCGCUUGAUGGCCAGUUGAAGCACGAGGAUACAAAUUUGGCGUCUAGUACGCUCAUAACGAAUCCGGCACAACGCGAAAGUCUUGGUAUCAUUGUACACUACAAGGUGAAAGUUAAACUGCUCAUCAGUGGGGCGUUACUGGGCAAUGAUUUGGUAGCUGAAUUGCCAUUUACAUUGAUGCAUCCAAAACCGGAGGAGGAAGAUAAUCCACUAUUAAUGGAUAAGUCGCCACGCCAAAGCAUACGUGAUGGUGCAUUAUCGUUGGAAUGUGGUAAUGGUGGCAAUGGAGUGGACGAAGCGCAUCAAGCCGAAGUGCCCACAACCAAUUUGAUACAAUUAGACGAAGAUGAUUCGCAAGACGAUGACAUUAUUUUUGAAGAUUUCGCUCGCCUCCGGCUAAAGGGCGCCGAAACUGAGGCCUAGACAAACGACAACGCGUCGUGGCGCUGCGUUGAGCCGACAUUGAUCAUUUAGAAUGCUUAACAGUAUCAUAUGAAUUGGAUUGGUUAACGCAAAAUGACCUUUAUGUAUAUGUGUAGGAAAGUGCGUAUUAUGUUUGCAUUUUACAAAUUUCUAUCCUUAUAAUUGCCAAGUUCUUAAUUUUUUUCCUUGUUUUUAAUUUUCUAUUUUCAUAUAACGAGUCGUUUGCCAAGUAGAAAUUGUUUUGUAAAGUUGUGGAAUUAAAUUGAAUAUUCUUAGUAACUAAGUUAAGUAUCGUAAGUUGAAAGCGUAAUAAUUGUGCAAAAUAGAUGUUUAACAUCCACAGUUCAAAGGUUUAUUGAAUGAUAAUGGUUGCUAAAUUGUUACUACUGCUGAUACUGUACUAAGGCAUUGGUAAUUUUUGAUUACUUGAGGUUAGGAGUCGUGUACGAAACUAACGAAAAUCGAAACUGUCAUCGCGCAAAAUGAGAAAGCAUGCAUUUUAAAUGUAUUUACUACUUUUUAACUUUUUAUAAUUUUAUGAAGUUUUAUUUUAGAAUUAUUACGUACAUACAAAUAUGCAUAAACUUACGAUCAUAUUCAAGUUUAUGUUUUAUAUGAGCUACAAGGUUUGCAAUUUUAUAAAAGAACUCCUUUUUUUUAUCGGCUUUUAAAUAUAUUUAUUUAUGUUGAUAUCAAAGGUAGUACAUAUUGAUGUUGUUGAUGUAUGCCACAGCAACAAUAUAAGCUUUAAUUGUAAAAAAAUAAUAAUAACUGUAUACCUGUUGAAGGAUUAAGCAAGAAGUGGAGAAAAUUAAAGAGUUAAAUCGAAAGAAACAUGCUGCAUUUUAACAUACACAUACAAACACACAAGCACAUUUAUGAGAAACGAAAAAAAGUAUUUAUAUUACAUAUACAGAUGUAUGUAGCUGGAAAGUUGACGCUGAUCUAAAUGUAUUCUGCAAAAUUGUAAAAUAAAUAUUUGAUUUUUAUGUCACAAGGCAUUGCACACACAAAAUACACACAUUCCUGUAGUUUCUAAUUUUCAUUUAAUUCGCUAAGCAUUCGCUAUUUACCGAACUGUUAACAGCCGAACACGUUUUAAAGCAUAUUGUGCAAUAAUGAAUAGUUAGCGCGAGCUCCUGCGAAUGGUGAUGCAAUUUGUUGGCUAUCUCCGCGUUUGCCGGUUUAUUUUAAACGCUUUCGAAAUUAAAAAAAAGUUAAAAUUGACUAAAUCCGUUGCACAUUUCAUUUUAUUUUGAGCUUUAAAAUAUUCGUUACUUGCCAUUGUGUGUUUGGAACUGAUAAUUAUUGUCCAGUCAAUUGUUAUGUGUUAUUGCAUAAAAUUAUUGUGCUGUCACUUUUCUGAAAUUAUUAAUGUAAAUUAGCUUACUAAAGGCUCAGGCAAAGAUUAGGAUUUAAAAAGAUUAUUUGGUGCUGUUGAAAAGCUUAAAAAAAUUAUGUCGUAGCAAGGUUUCGGAACAAAUAUAAAUAAUUCUACUUUGGAAAUAUGUACACAAUUCAUAUUUACUAAUUUACAUUUUUUACAACUUUCUUUUUUUAUUAUUUUAAAUUUUCUUACAUAAACUUUAUUAGCUUUUGGGUAUACACUUUUAAUUGCACAUUUUUUUUUUUACAAAAAGUGAUCUUUCACAUAACUCAAUUCAAUUAUGUUUCAAAAAUAAAAAUAUUAAAGUUAUUUAUUUUCGCAAAUUUUUUAUGCAAAUAAAUAAAAAAAAUUGCAAGUUGUGAACGUACAAUUUUCCAUACCCGCCGUUGUCACCUAAAAACGACAAUAAUGGUUUAGACUCUGCUUGAAGUGUCAUUAACAAUUAGUAUACUUUCUAGCAGAGUUUAAGACAAGACUUUUUCCAAUUAAAAUUUUAUGAUUUAUUGCAUUUUUCAACUAAAUAAUCAAUAUAUGUAUUUGUGUUAUCUAUGUGUGGAACUACAUACAUGUUUGGCUUUAGGUACUCUUCAUAAUAUUCAGACAAAUUGCCAAAUGGUUCCACAAACACUUGCUCAAAAUUGUAAGAAAUAUUUUAGAUUAUUUGUGUACAAUUAAUACGUGUUAAAUAAAUUUGUUGCUGCACAGAAAGCGAAACAAACAUUUAAGCAUAAGUUGCUCUAAAAGAAAAUAUAAUGUUUUCUUUCUUAAUAACGCUAUAAUAAUUGUAAUGACUUUUGGUAUUGGAAACGAGUUCUACGCAAUAUAUAUUUACAUACAUACAUAUGUACAUAAAUGUGUAUCAUAUAUUAAGUACAUUUAUAUAUUUUGUUAGUUUGGGAAGGUUGGCAUUAUAAAUUACGUUUUAAGCUUCUGUUGGCGGACAAUUUUGUAAAACAAGAAAUUUUGAAUUAUAUACUUUAGAAAAAAUCAUGCUCUGCAAGGCUUACAUAUAUUAUACAUUUAAACAUUUUAUAUGGAUUCGAUUCACAGCAAGCAUUUUGCGUCAGAAAAAUCUGAAACUUGUUUUAAAAUAUGCUUAAAAUAUUAGUUUAGAAACUCAAUUUAGUUUUGAUUCGAAAUUAUUGAAGUAAUAUGAAAAUACAAAUUCCAAUCGUAUUUUUUCUAAGCAAAAUUGACCAAAAUCCGCUUACAUCUGCUAGAAACAAAUUUUUUUGCGGAAAGUCCUAUUGAAUUGUUUUUAAAUUAUUUCCUAAAUUAGCGGCUCGGCUACGAACGAAGCAACAAAGCAAGAAAGCAAAACAUACAAAAAUAUUGAAAAAACUUUUUAAAUACUGAUUUUAUAAUGGAAAAUAAUUCCUACCAGCAACAACAGCUUUUUAGCCUAAAAAUUAACCAAACAUAUACACAUACAUAUAUACUAAAGAAGAAAAAAAAAAGCAAAGCAGCACAUUCAUAUAAACAUUGGGAAUGCAAUAGAGUGAAUUGCUUGCAAAAGUUAAACAAACCAAAAAGAGAACGACGUCACAAAGCGGCUAAGUCGCACAUCCCCACGAGCGUGGCCAUGAAAUGAAUUUAAAGAUUGAGGAACAAGUAACACAAUAUUGAAUAAUAAUAUAAAAUAUUGAUAUCAUAUAUUGUACUAAUAAAUGAAUUAUCUAUUGUAAUGUAAUAGCAAACGUCAAGUGUGUGUAGUUAGUAGCGCUAAUUAACGAAAUAUUAAGUAAAUGAAAUAUUGUAAUUGUUUUAAAGAAUUGUAAUACAAUGAAGUUUUAUAUACAUACAUAUAUACAUACAUAAAUGCAAACAAAUGCAUUGAGAUUAUGAAGCGAUAUUCAUACACAAACACACUCACAUACAUAUAUAUAUACAUAAUAUAUAUAUAUUGACUGCACACAUACCUUUUUACAUGCAUUGAAAAGUACCAACUGUCUACACCGAUAUCUCUUGGUAGCUGCAACGUUCUCACAAAUCUCCCAAACAAAAAAAGAGCAAACAACUAAAGUCCUUUAAGUCAAUAGCUGUUUUUACAAAUAAACAUUCACACACACACAUACACACAGACACGCACGUACAUAUGUACAUACAUUCAACAAAUCGAUAUGUAUAUGAAAAAAUUGAAAAAUAAAUAACCUAAUUACUGAAUACUAUAUUAGUACCCCAAA